AUCCUAUGAUUAUGAUUAAGGUCGAAAAUUGUGUGUAGCAUAUUAAUGCUAGUCAAUUUAAAUUUAAUAAACUCGUUCGUUCUGUUAAAAUAUUUAUACUUAAAGUAAAAUUGUGCCGUAUUAAAAAAAACCAAACAUGAGCAUAAUCGGCCGACCCAGUCAGAUUAUGUCUGCGUCCAAAAACAUAAGCAGUCUUUUAAAAAAUCCUGCAAUUACUCAGAUUUGCUUGAGAAACGAAUCUUCAAAAGUUCAACCAGCAUCUCAAAGCUCGAACGUAGAAGAAGUACCUUAUCGGCCAUACUCGCCUUUUCAAAAAACAAGUAACAAGGCCGAGUAUGCCGUUGCUCGUUUGGACGACGUAUUGAACUGGGGUCGUAAGCAUUCAUUAUGGCCCUUGACAUUUGGAUUAGCGUGUUGUGCUGUUGAAAUGAUGCACAUCGCCGCUCCCCGAUACGAUAUGGAUCGUUAUGGUGUAGUGUUUCGUGCCUCUCCUCGGCAAACUGAUCUUAUUAUUGUGGCCGGCACAGUAACAAAUAAAAUGGCUCCGGCCUUAAGAAGAGUGUACGAUCAGAUGCCCGAUCCUAAAUGGGUAAUUUCGAUGGGCAGCUGUGCUAAUGGAGGUGGUUACUAUCAUUAUUCAUAUGCCGUUGUUAGAGGAUGUGAUAGAAUUAUUCCAGUUGAUAUUUAUGUACCCGGUUGUCCUCCGACUGCCGAGGCCUUGAUGUAUGGAAUAUUACAAUUGCAAAAGAAAAUUAAAAGAAUGACAUUAGCUCAAAGUUGGUACAGAAAAUAAAUGAGCUAAUGAGAAAACGCUGUUACUGUUUGUCUUAAGUAUUUUGUCUCUAUACAAAUAAAAAUGUUGUAAUUAUGUAGCGCAAUAUGUCAUUUGUAAUUUAGAAUAUUAUAUCGCUGUAUUUUCAAA